CUUGGGUUAUAUAAUUGGAAACCCCCACCAUGCUUUUAAUAGUAACCAUAGCGGUUGGAUACAUCCAAAAACGAAAAACCCUCCAUAUCAUCCUCGAUCCAAGGGUAACCCUAAUCACCCCCACUAAAUUACAGUAAUUAUAUAUAUGUGAAUACCCACAAAUUAGGAAAAAUGAAAACAGAGAAAUCAAUCUUGUGAGAGAGAGGCAGGGCAGCGUAGUAAUGUCAACUCGUGAUGAAGCCUAGUCAGUCCCAAUACACAAAGAGAGAGAUGUGAUUGCCGAAAUUUAUAACGGUAGGUUGAAGGUCACUGUGGAAGGAGCGUCUUUCCCACCUCUCCUCUCUCUCUACAUAUACAAAACCCCCCUCCUCUGCCCUCAUCAUUACUCUGUUCCCCUCUCUCUCUCUCUCUGCUUCUCUGUUUUCAACCAUAACAAUGGCGGAAGAUAGCAGCAGCAGCAGCAGCUCUACUACCACCACCAAUCUUCAUAGCAACAACCAUUCCCCUGCUUCUUCCUCCUCUUCUUCUUCCUCUUCGUCUACCUCUCCAUCCGCGGUCGAACCAUCCCGGCCGCAGAAGAGUGGAAGUCGAAAAAAAAGAGCAGUCAGUGAUCACGGUCACUGUUGCAAUAGCAGCUGUAUUAAGCGGUCGUCGGCGGCGCAGCUGCGGAGCGAUGAUGAGAACAUCCAGCGCGCCCUGAGUUCGAAUUCCGCUGACGUGGCGCCCACGCGGGAGUACAGAGGUGUGAGGAAGCGGAGCUGGGGGAAGUACGUGUCGGAGAUACGGCAGCCGAGGAAGAAGUCGCGGAUUUGGCUGGGGACUUUCCCCACAGCCGAGAUGGCGGCGCGUGCGCACGACGUGGCGGCGAUUACCGUCAAGGGCGACUCUGCCAUCCUCAAUUUCCCUCACCUCGCGGAUUGCCUCCCCCGGCCGGCGUCCUCGUCGCCGCAGGACAUUCAGGAGGCCGCCGCCAAGGCCGCCGCGAUGGUCGAGCUGGAUUCCCCUCCUACCAUUGCCGUGACGGAGGCGGCGACGACGACGGAGGAGGAGGCAGAAGAGGAGGAGGAGGAUGAAUUGGGGGAGAUUGUGGAGCUGCCGAAUUUAGAAGGGAGCUUUCCGUUUGAGUGGCCGGCGAUGGAGGAGUUCGUGUACUGCUAUUACCCGCCGGCGGGGCUCGAGUGGGAUAGUUCCGUGAUUUCCGGCGAGGCGGCGGGAGCUUCCGCACUGGGAUUAGUUGCGGAAAAUUCGGGUGUUUUUGGAACUGUGACUUUUUAGCUUUCUAAUUGACAUUUGAAAGAGAAAAAACCAUUGGCUGCCUUUUCUUUUCCUCCCCUUUUUACUGUGAGAUAUAUAUUUACAGUUUUUACUACACAUAUGUUAUAUUAUGUACAUACUAUAGUACGAUUUCUAUAAUUAAGGUGAGUUUGGUUAGUUAGUACACGCGUCCAAGGGUGAAGGUCCUACUAAUAAUAAGCACUUGGUAUAAUUUUGUGUGAUGUUUCAUUUUUCACCCUCUCAUCAUCAAGGUAAUAUAAAGGAACAAAUUAA